AUGCGUCUUAUAAACACAUCAUCACUAUGCCUCGAGGAAUUCUACGAUGGUCAUAUUCCAGCAUAUGCAAUUCUUUCACACCGAUGGGGCAAGAAAGAGGUAACAUUUCAUGACAUGCAAGCUGGUGAUUGCAUGAAUGUGAAAGGGUUCGCCAAAAUUCAAGGAUGUUGUAAGCAGGCCAGACUAGACGGUUGGAUGUAUGUUUGGAUUGAUACUUGUUGUAUCGAUAAAGCGAGCAGUGCUGAGCUUUCAGAAGCUAUCAACUCCAUGUUUCAAUGGUAUCAGAAAGCAGAAAUUUGCUAUGCCUAUUUGAGCGAUAUUGAGAAUCGUCCUGAUCCUUCAAACCCGGCAGAACUAAAAUCCAGUGAUUGGUUCACAAGGGGGUGGACACUGCAAGAACUACUUGCUCCAAAAAAGUUGACUUUCUUCGACCGAAAUUGGGAUCUAAUUGGGAGAAAGGAAGACCUCCAGGAUGAACUUCGAACAAUUACCGGAAUUUUGGACAUGAAUAACUGGAGAAGCGCUUCGAUUGCCCAAAAGAUGUCUUGGGCUUCUCGAAGAUCGACAACCAGGGUUGAAGACCAGGCUUAUAGUCUCCUGGGUCUAUUCGACGUUAACAUGGCCCCAUUAUAUGGAGAAGGCAAGAAAGCCUUUAUGAGACUUCAACUUGAGAUAUUGGCUGUAUCUGAUGAUGAAUCAAUAUUUGCAUGGAGAGAUUCAAGUGAGAUAGGAGGGGGCCUACUAGCUCAUUCUCCAAAAGCUUUUCGUGACUCCGCCGAGAUUGUCUCUAAAGCAUUUGACACCAUACAAAAAUGGAAUCCAAAUUCAACGAGAAGACCAUACUUGAUGACGAAUAAGGGCUUACAAUUAGAGUCACCACUUGCAACGCCUUUUACAGAUUGUUCUUGUGGUUAUGUCAGGCAUCUCGCGCACGAAUCUUCCGCCUACCCAUCAGACACCAAGCUUGCACCUCUUCAAUGUUGCUACGAGGGAAAUACAAAUUCAGGUAACCCAUACGUAUUGGCAGUAUACCUCAUUCGCAAUCGUGGUAACGAAUUUUCGAGAAUUGACCCUGAGUCCAUUGAAAUAAUUGACAUUCGUCAACUCGACAGAAGUCCACUUUCGCAUUUGGAAAUUGGAAUAAGUCCCUGCCUAGACAAAUUUUCAGCAUCGAGGAUACAGGAAUAUAUGGAAAGUAUAUUUGUCAGGCAGCAUCAACCUAUCAAUAAGGUUCUCGAACCUUGUGAUAUUUGGAUAGAGACCAAGGCGUUAGCAGAAUUAGGCUUCACCAUGACGACUGAAUGGCUUUCUAAUACUCGACAAACGAAAUUAGUGAAACUUGAGGAUGGGAUAAGAGUGCAAAGCAAUCAAUUACAGCCAAAUGGUAUGACAGCCAUAAUAACCUUCACCCAGCGUACUAGUAUGGAAAGAGGCUACUUGGGCAUCUAUGCGUUUGUUUUCAACAUCACGAUUAGUUCACGCGGACCUCUCGUUAGUUUGAUGGAAGUACCAGUGCAUCAAAAACAAAGAAUACUUGAGUAUGAGCAAGAGAGUUUCAGUGAUGGUAGAGCACCACAUGCAAAAUCUCUGCUCAGACGACAUUACGCUGGGGAUUUGGUUGCCCCAAUACUGACUAAGGUUGAAGACAUUCCUCCCUGGCUGAAGUAUCGAGUUCACUUUGAAUUUAAGAAAAAGGCUUUGCAGACUCAUGGUAGUAAUAGAUACAGCUUCAAAGAAGUUUUGAGUGGGUUGUGGGCAGCAUUUUAG